GGGUUAGUUACAGAGUCACACAGGAGGAGCCCCAUUGAGUUGCUGGCUGUGUGUUGAUUCCCUGCUCCCGACAGAUAACACACUCUCGGGCAGGGGGGAGACUCCAACAAGCCUUGGCUGAAGCUCCUUUUCGUGGCCCUCCAGUUUUCGUUGCGUAGCUAAAGUCUGUCGGAUUCUUGCUGUAAUCUUACGGUGGUGUUGAAAAACGCUACGAUGUGUCAGUAGUUUGCUGUUGACGAGAAAGUACAGUCAUUUCUCCAAGAUGGCACACUGUGUGACAAAAGUGCAGUUGACCAUUUCCUGUGAGAAUUUGAUGGACAAAGAUGUUGGUUCAAUGUCAGACCCGCUGUGUGUUUUACUUCAAAACACUGGAGCAGGCGACCAGUGGAUGGAGCUGGACCGAACUGAGAGGGUUAAAAACUGCCAGAGUCCCCAGUUUGCCAAGAAGCUGGAAGUGGAUUAUUUCUUUGAGCGUGUGCAGAAGCUGAAGUUUGGCAUUUACGAUAUUGACAAUAAAUCCACAAAUCUGAGCGAUGAUGACUAUCUGGGAGGAGUCGAGUGUACAAUGGGCCAGAUCGUCUCUAGUAAGACAUUCACUCAUCCUCUGCAGUUGAAGAAAGGGAAGCUGGCUGGAAAAGGAAACAUUACUGUAAUAGCUGAGGAGAUCCGUGAUAAACGCACUGCAGUUCUACAACUGGAAGCAAGAAACCUGGAGAACAAGGAUUUCAUGGGGAAAUCAGAUCCAUUUCUGGAACUCUACAGGCAAGGAGAUGGUGACAAAUGGCAACUAGCUUACCGAUCAGAGGUUAUUAAGAACAACCUGAAUCCGAAUUGGAAACCAUUCUCAGUCUCUUUGCAGUCGCUGUGUAGCGGAGAUUUUCAGAAGCCCAUUAAGGUGACCUGCUGUGACUAUGAUGGUGAUGGCUCUCAUGAUCUGAUAGGCCUUUUUGAAACUAACUUCUCUAAUCUACAGCAAGUGGAAACGGGGAAUCCGAUUGAGUUUGAAUGCAUUAACCCAGAGAAGAAAAAGAAGAAGAAGAGCUAUAAGAAUUCUGGCGUUAUUCGAGUUCGAUCUUGCAAGCUAGAAACUGAAUACUCAUUCCUGGAUUAUGUGAUGGGCGGAUGUCAGAUUAAUUUCACAGUUGGUGUUGAUUUCACAGGAUCGAAUGGAGAUCCCUGCUCCCCGGACUCACUGCAUUACAUCAGCCCGAAUGGAGUCAAUGAGUACCUGACUGCCAUCUGGUCUGUUGGGCAGGUUGUGCAGGAUUACGAUACAGACAAGCUGUUUCCUGCUUUUGGGUUUGGUGCUCAAGUUCCUCCUGACUGGCAGGUUUCUCAUGAGUUUUCCUUGAAUUUUAAUCCCAACAACCCAUAUUGCCAAGGAGUACAGGGUAUUAUUGAUGCGUAUCGAAAUGCAAUCGUCAAUGUGAGGCUCUACGGACCAACUAACUUCUGCCCCAUUAUAACCCAUGUGUCCCGAUUUGCUGCAGCUUCUGCCCGGGAAGGCACUGCUGGGCAAUAUUACAUCCUGUUGAUUAUCACUGAUGGGGAGAUUACUGACUUGGACCAGACGCGGAAUGCAAUUGUUGAAGCCUCAAAGUUGCCAAUGUCCAUCAUUAUAGUUGGUGUUGGCAGCGCGGAUUUCAAAGCCAUGGAGUUCCUGGAUGGUGACGAUGGCGUCCUGAAGUCACUGACUGGGGAGCACGUUGCCCGAGACAUUGUGCAGUUUGUGCCCUUCAGACAGUUUCAGAAUGCUCCAAAGGAAGCCCUGGCCCAGACGGUCCUGGCAGAAGUACCCAAGCAGCUGGUAUCCUACUUCAAGAUGAGAAACCUGGCCCCACUGAAUCCCCCAAAGGCAGCCCAGUAACAGUUUACCAGGCACACGGGCUGCACUGUCUCUUUAUAAUGUUACCACUACUCUCAUCAGUCUGCGUGCAUAUAAACUGGUUAUAAUUAGGGACCAGGAUCUCCUCUGGUGACAGCCUCUCACAAGUAUACCCAGUGUUGCCAACUUUUUCAAGUCCUGCAGGUUUUUUAUAUUUUAAACGCUUAACCUUGACACAGCAGACUUUAAAAUGCAGUUUUCCAUAAACCUCCCUUAUGAACUACAAGGCUUAAAAUACAUGCAAGUGCCUGUUCUCAGUCUAAACUGUUCUGAGAGGGCUCUUGAGUGUUGGCAAUGCUCUCACCUAUGUGACUUCACCUGAGCGUACCUGAGCUGAUAUACACUCAUCAUCAUCAUCAUCAUCAUCAUCAUCAUCUACUGGCCAGUGCCAUGGGGGCCGGUGAAGUGGAACCUACCCAAGAUCUCAAUCAAGCUGGUUUGUAUGGCCCUGCCUGGAUUCACACUGUGUUCAGCAGUGGCCAGGGGUUCAUGCACUUGUUUAUAAAUUUUUUAACUUCCCUGAUCAGUAACUGGCUCAGUUUAGGUUCUAUCCCAAACUAAGUCGUGUAGUUUGUAAGUCACUUCUUCCUGGAUUGCUUGCUCUGUUGCACAUCAUUGCGAAUCUGCGAGAGCUCUGUGAAAACAAAUAUUGACUCUCGCUGUUCAGUGAAUUCUCUGCUGCCUUGCACAGCUGACUUUCCAAAGCUUUAUUUGCUGCUGUGUGCACUUUAUAUGCAACAGCAAUGUGUCUAUAUAAUAAUCGAGUAUCUGGGUACCUUUGACAUUUGGCUUUAGAAUGCUUUCUCACAUGUUCUUGAAAAGCAGUGAAUGUGUUUAGAUGCUAUGACCUGUAACCAUGUUUCCUGGAGUUGGUAUUUUCCAGCUAUUAGUUUCUGACCUGUCAUUGAUUGUUUUCUUCAUGUUCUAUUUGCCAGUGGGCACUGGUUAAUGUUUGAAUGUUGGCAGGUUAAGGAUUAUGAAAUUGCAUCAGAUAUAUUGGAUAGGACACAUUUUUUUUAAAAAAGCCCUUUUGUCAUUGUUUUAGUUUUUAUACUUUAUGCAACAUUAAAUGCAAAGAGGUCAUAUUCUACUGAGGAAAUUGAAGUGGGGUGGGUUUGGGAAACAGAUGGAAAGUGAUCUCAAUUUGCCAAAAUUAAAUUGUUUGCCUUUGUGAAUAAUUUGUAAUGUUCCUGUUUGAUUGUCCUCAGGAGGCCUGCAGCUGCCUGGGCCUCCUCCAGUAGCUCCCCCAUCUGUUAGUACGAUCAGCCCCUGACACCUUGCAUUUGUUCAGUCGAGAACAGAACUGGUUUGGUUUGCAAUCAGCUGUAAUUUCUCCUAAUUCAACAUCAUUUUGGUGAAUUACAUUAGCCAAGUACUAUAGUUACUAAAUUCCACAGGGGCAUUUAACAAAACUUGUCUUUCAUAUACUGGAAUGUUUUCUGGUCACAGCCAAUAAAGCAAAUCCUUGUCACCUUCAGAAUGAUUAGAUCAGUCAUCCCAAUCUUCAUCUAACCUAAAGCAGCUUUUACACACUGAACUGCAACCAGUCUGAAAUGAGCAAACAGAGGAAUACCACACCAACAAUCUUAAAUGCACAGAAACUCUUAGUGCUCAACACUCGGUAAAGAGCUGCUGGCCACCCUGAGUUUCAGCUGAGAAGCACUUGUUUACAGUCCAUAGUGAAUUGCCUACUAUAUCGCAGGCUGGACCCAGUCAUUUCACAAUUUUUUUAGUUCAUUCAUGGGAUUGUUGCUGGCUAGGCCAGUAUUUAUUGUCCAUCCGUAAUUGCUCAGCGGGCAGUUCAGAGUCAACAACAUUUCUGUGGGCCUGGAGUCACAUGUAGGCCAGAGCAGGUAAUGACAACAGUUUCCUUCCCUAAACAACAUCAGUGAACCAGAUGGGCUUUGAUGACAUCAGCAAUCGUUUCAUGGUCAUCAUUAGACUCUUAAUUCCAGAUUUUUUUCUAACUCUGGUCAAAUUCUACCAUCUGCCAUGGUCCCCUGAAAAUUAGCUAAGCGGUCAUGCCACUCAGCCAUUGUGUAGAUACACUCCAGGUGCUGAUCUGCUUUGUUCUGAUCAAACAUAUAUUUGAGUGACGGUCAGAGAGUUAUGUGGAGAUCUCAUUAACAAUGAGGCAGGAGCCGCCUGGUCUAUUCCUCCAUUGCUGCACUUCGUGAAGUAGACAGCCUUCCUCAGGAGGCUAUCGGGCCUUGGACCUGUGCACAGCAUUCCAUGCAAUUUGUGCUAAGCGUUGCAUUUGUUCAAUUUUAGUCUCAUGCCGUUGAUUUCUUGUGAACCUGCCAAAGCGUGCUUGCUUUGGGUUUAACACUGUCACUUAACAGACCUGUAAAUUCAUUCACAAAACCCUUAAUUAAUACCCAUGUAUUAAGUGUGAUCUUUUGGAUAUUGAGUUUCAAUUUAUUGGAGGAACGGGUGAGUGGAAUUGUUUCACGAAUGGUUACUGGAUUGUUGGUCUUUCCUACAGUUUGGUGUUUUGUCUUCCUUAGUGCCACAGCCCACCCCACCGCCCAAAUAAAUACUUUUCCUUUCCUUUCUCUAAACGCACCGAACCAGGGCUUCCCAUUCUGACCAAAGCAGAUGAUCUUCAGUAGAAUGUGACCAAUUAGUUAAAAUGUAACUGUUUUUACUAUGAUUGUGGGUCCUGAAUUAAAGAAAACCCAUGAAUCUG